GUAAGCUUAAUUUGAGGAAAAUGAAAAUAAUUUCAUCCAAGAAGUUUAUUCUCUUUGCUUUAGCUGCAGUGGUCUUUCUAACAUCAAAUAGUAAGUGCCUAGGGGAACAGAUGAAGUUUGGUCUGCAGAGCAGAGAAGACGAUGAUGACAAGUAUUAUGAGAUUAAAGAUAGUAGCUUGGAAGAAAAGCAGAGAAGUCUCAAUUUUGAAGAAAUGAGAGACUGGGGAUCAAAAAAUAUCAUUAAAAUGAACCCUCCUACAGUAAACAAGAUGCCAAAUUCAGUCGCUAAUUUUCCUCUUAGGUUUGGAAGAAAUUAUCCAGAAGAAAGAAGCAUUAAACCAAUUGCUAAUUUGCCUCUGAGAUUUGGGAGAGCUUUUGGAGACAACAUACCUAGGCAAGCUCCAAAGGUAUCACGCAGGCUUGGGAGAUCUCCACUAGUUAAAAGUUACAGUCAAUCACUUCUAAAUUUGCCACAGAGAUUUGGGAAAUCACUGUCUACCAAUCUAUUUCGAGACAUUCAGGAUUCUGAACCAGGAAUAUGAAUUCUAACAAUUACCUUAAUGCUGGAAUGAAAUCUUGAAGACUGCAACUGAAAGACUUGGAAAAGCUGCAAUGUGCUUUCAAAACUAAAGGCCAUGGAAAGGAAACAUAGGAGAACUGAAAUGUAAACCUGUCUUUAUGUUACGAAUAAUGUAUUUAUCCUGUACAAACCCUUGAUGUAUAAGGCAACGAUAAUUGCAGUGACUCUUGUAGUAGUUUACUUCGGUGGCAGUGUAGAAUAAAUUGUAUUUACUUCUGUAUGACAUAUGUCCUAUUGGUUGUAAAACCUAAUAUCAGAAUAAUGGCUGUAUAACUGAAAGCAUUGUAAGCAAAAUUAAAAGAAAAAUAGUAUGAAUAAAGAA